AUGGAAUCGAUUUCUUCUUCUUUUGAACUUUUAGCGACGACCACCACUUUGGCCACCAAUUCAUCUUCCAAUUCGACUGUUGUUCCAAUGGGUCAAUUCGUUGGAGAAGUUUCGAUUGCUGCUCUACAAUGGAUUUCCUUCAUUGUGUUGCUUCCUUUCGUGUUGAUCUUGUUGACCUGUUUCACACGAGAAUCCGCCGCCACCACCAACACAACGAAUCAUCCUCACGACGUCAAAUCUCAACCACAUGAUCAUUUUGACACCAAACAAUCACAAUUGCAUCACAAACAUGAUGAUUUAUUGAGAAAAUCUCAUCAUCAGAGAGUCGCUCAACAACGGCAUCAAUUUCCAACUUCCAGUACCACUACUACAAGUGGUGGAGAUGAUUCUCUGUCCACAACUACCCUUUCAGAAUGUGAAGGAAAGUCUGUCGUGUCUCCAACUCCUACUUCUCCGAAUACUUCAACUCCUUUCGUUCAUCCUUCUUCUUCGAUGUGGUCACCUCCAACAAGAAGAAGAAAGGUCUCCAAAAAUAGGGUUAUUCUCUUUUCACUCAUGCUGCCAAGUGUCAUUAUUUUGGUUCUGUUGUUUGGUGUUCGUAUCUUGACAAUGACUGCGUUUCCUGUGGAUACUUUUUUGGUCGAGUUGAAACCAUUGCAUGUGAGAGUGUUGAAUGGAUUGGUGUUUUGUGGAUGGGCUUUGAAUGAUUUAAUGUUGGUGGUGCAGUUUUUAUUUAUUUCAUACAUGUUCUUGCAAACUUCAAGAAAACUCAAGUACAUUUCACAACGAGUGUACAAACUCCUUGUAAUUUCUAUGGUUGUCACUCCAGUCAUUUUGUCAACUUCUGUUUUAGGAUAUAUUACUGCAGUCAUGACAGAUCAAGUCACAAAACCUCAACAAGCGGAUGGAACAGCAGCCAAUGUACGACCAGCUCUCCUCUUCUUUUAUUCCAUCUCUACCAUCAUUUUCAUUGGAUCAGUCAUUGUGGCAUUGAGUUAUGUGAUUUGGACAACGGUUCAAUUAGUGAAACAUUUGAAAGCUGCAAGUAUGGGAGCUGGAUUGCAAUUACAACAAACGACACGAACAGCCAUUCGAAAGGUCAUCACUAUUGUGACACUUGUCUCUGUUAUUGCUGCAUUUAUGUGUUUGAUGGAAUUAAUUGCAUUAAUUGGAGAGUUGUCAAAUUCAUCCGUGUAUUUCGCUGUCAUUUCUUUGAUUGGAAAGGCUUUGGCUACAUGGAUUUAUAUUGCUGGAUUGUGUUUGUUAUUUGGUCCAUUGAGUAGUUUAAGAAAAUAUGUGAAGGAUAUUUUCAAAAACGCCAAUGAAAAGAUGAUCAUGGAUUCAAAUGUCAUGACGAUGCAACCUAACAGUGCUGUGGGUGUGAAUGCAUUUAAAGACAACAAUUCAGAACAACGACAAAACUCUCCAAUAGUAUUGGAUCAAAUCGACACCACGACAAUCGUGGAUUCUCAACGAGGUGAUGGCCGUCACGAUGGUGAAACUUUGAGGUCUGACACAACACAAUCCAUCGUUCUGCAGAAUUCAAAUGAAGAUCAGAAACCACUAGGAGGACUCACAGUUUCCACUCAAGAAUAA